UCCCCCCUGAGCUUGCCCUGCCAGCUGUGAGAAAGAUGUGACCCUGGGCUUUUUGAGAGUCUACUUCACUGGAGAGAAAAUCAUGACAGAAACAAAUUCCAACAGAGGAACUUAGCCUGGAGGCAGCACUCAACUCUUGUAGGGCUAGGGUAGAACAGGUCAGAUCCUGUAGGCAGGAAAAGCUCAGAAGUAGGCAAUGAAUUUUGACUCUGGCUCAGGUCUCUCUGGCACUACCACAACUGGGUCUGUGCAGAGGGGACACCACUUGGAUUGGGCUAGGGUUUGGGGCAAGAGCCCCUUUGGUUCCCUGGGGGCAUGGUCAAUGCAGAGAGGGCCCCAGUGAGGCAAGGGAGGGUGAGGAGGAAUGGAAAUCUCAGACAUUGUGCAGAGCAGUCCAGACUGGGACAUGUAAGUGGGUCUCAGGCUAAUUGCCUCUCCACAAAGGAGCCCAUCUCCAGGGUUGAACGGCUUGCAGACACCUUCAAACAGAACAGGAGGGCUGUGCUUUGAAGUUACCCAGAGGAGGAGGGUUACCUUGGGCUCUUGCGCAUAUCCUGCGCAGGCGGUUUCCCUUGAUGUGUCUGGCAUGGUCAACAUAAAUGUCCCUACACCUAAGACAGUAGCAACCAGCUUGCUUCGCUGAUGUCUGGCAACUCUGAUCUCACCACUCACAUAGACGCACUGCAUCUCCAGUCCAACCACAUCCCCUGGCCAUUGCUCUGGGAGAAGUACUCACAUCUCAGGCAGUUUCCACUCAACAUCUGGCAAUUGCAGUUGACUCCCCUGUCUCCCAAUGAAGACUGACUUGGUGGGGUUCUCAGGCCAAAAGGAAGAGGCCAGCAAGGAGAAGGAGAUGUGUGGCAUAGAGUCACUGAACAGGCAAGGCAGCCUGGACUCCAACAGGGAGGAUGGCAGAGCCACUGUCAUCCUGACCCUCACCCUCUUCAGUGUGAGGAAGAUUGAGCUCUCUAAGGCAGCCAAAGUCUUUGAGGUGUUUGAAACUCAGAUCCAUCACUUUGAAACCAGACAAGCCAAAAAGCCCAAGAACUCUGCUGAUCAUCUUGACGUUUUUGUUGAAUGUGAAGUUCACAGUGCUGAUGUUAGUAUUCUUAUCACCUCCUUAAAGAGAGUAGCAGAGGAUGUGAAAACUAGCAGAGAAGACAAAGUGCCCUGGUUCCCCAGAAAAAUCCAAGAUCUGGACAAGUGUCACCAUCUGAUCACUAAGAGUGAUCCCAGUUUGGACCAUGCUCACCCUGGACAUGCCGACCUGGAGUAUAAGAAACGGAGGGCAUUCUUUGCUGACCUUGCCUUUAAUUACAGAGCAGGAGACCCUUUGCCUUGCGUCGAGUACACAGCACAGGAGAUUGCGACUUGGAGAGAGGUUUACAGGAAGCUGAGCAGCCUUUACCCUACUCAUGCCUGUAUGCAGUACCUGGAUGCUUUCCAGCAGCUGGAGAAAUACUGUGGCUACCAAGAGGAUAACAUACCUCAACUUCAGGAUGUCUCCAGAUUUUUAAAAGAGAGAACAGGUUUCCAGCUGAGACCAGCUGCAGGACUGCUGUCUGCUCGUGACUUCCUUGCCAGCCUGGCGUUUCGUGUCUUCCAGAGCACACAGUAUAUAAGGCAUUUCUCUUCUCCUAUGCAUUCCCCAGAACCAGACUGCUGCCAUGAGUUGUUGGGUCAUGUUCCCAUGCUAGCUGACAAGGAGUUUGCCCAGUUCUCCCAGGAUAUUGGACUGGCUUCUCUUGGAUCAUCUGAAGCGGAGAUUGAGAAACUGGCCACACUUUAUUGGUUCACUGUGGAGUUUGGUCUCUGCAAGCAAAACGGAUCGAUCAAAGCUUACGGGGCAGGACUGCUUUCAUCUUAUGGGGAGCUUAUGUACGCUUUAUCAAACAAGCCAGAGUACAAGCCUUUUGAUCCAGAAGUGACUGCAGUUCACCCCUAUCAGGAUCAAGCCUUCCAGCCUGUCUAUUUCAUAGCAGAAAAUUUGGAAGAUGCCAAGGCCAGGCUUCGAAACUAUGUGAUGAAGAUGAAGAAGCCUUUUUCUCUGCGCUACGACCCGUUCACCAGCAGCAUAGAGGUUAUGAACACACCUCAGAAAGUCAAGAGGGCACUCUGUCAAAUGAGAGGGGAACUGAAAAACCUCUGCUUGGCCCUUGAAAACCUCUCUUAAAACUACAGCAGUACAUCUCAUCUGGCACUGAGAUACUUGUAGACGGUAUCAAGACAGCACUUGAAGAUUUAGUGAUGAAGUUGUAGUUGCAUGCGAAAAUCUUUAACACACAAAACAGGUCUGUCAAGCUGAUCUUUUCACUGUAAUUUAGGCUGCUGACUUAGCCACAUUAAUGAGUUCCUAUUGAGUGUGUUUCAAUGACAAACGAGACCAAAUUACUCCAAUUUUUGGUAGGUGAGAUGAGCUACAGCUGUUUGGAGUGUAUUUAUCUGUUAUUAUUGGACUCUUACAGGUUUUUUUAUUCACCUGCCACCUUUUCAAGUUAUCUGUCACAAAAUAGCACAGUAACUCUUCAGCCACACAGUCUUUUACUUGCUGCUUAAAUGACAUGAUCACAGUCUUUUAGGUUGGCUAGCUGCCUACUGUCAGCAGCCCUUGCAGCUAGCUCAUUUCUGCUAGCAAUUACUAUCAGCUAUUGUGCUCACAAACUAUGAACGGUUCCCUUACAAUGUGCAAAUGCAAGAGUUUGUAAGAGGAACCCUGUACUUCUGCUCACUAUUUAUUUUUUAGACACUCAUCUCAUUCAGUAGCCUUCAAAUAUGGCAAAAUAAUUUCCUGUCAUAUUGAGAUCACAGAAUAUUUGUCCCUUGGCUAAAAAAAAGCAGAAAAUAAUAGGCCCAUGAUACUCUGGCUCUGCCACAUACAAGGAUGCUUAAUUUGAAAGGGAAAUAUGGAUUCUGGGAAGGAAAUUUGGGUGUUAGAAAGGAUUUUCAAAGAAGCCUUUAAGAAAUAGAGUCCCAUUGGUUUUUCAUGGGAUUCGGACACUCCUGGAGACCUUUAAAAAUCUUUGUUUCCUAUCGAUGUCGUGAUGAUUGUAGUAAUAACCAAAAGGCCAAAUCAACAGAACAUCUAGUGUAAAACCUGAGAUCACCCACUAGCAGCCCUAUAGCUUUGCUAUGGAAACAAUAUCAGAUGUGUGCUCCAACUCAUCUUGCCUCACCUUGUCCCUCUCUGAGACAUGUCUGAAAUUUAUCUACACUCUGCAGGUCAUGUUUCCCAGAAUCAAUCCCAUAACGGCCUUUUCCAGACUUUGAUGCUCUUCGUGUCCUGUUCCUUCCUCUCCUGCCCACAAGCAGAGACUAGUUCAGGAAAAGAAGACGAGGCUCAUGCCUAGAAGGGUUCCCUCUUCUCUUAGCAGCACUGCAAACAGCUGGGGUCGAUGCAGGUUACAGGUAUGGCAUAAGCAGGGCAAUGUGGAUCUUAUGGCUUCAAGCUGUGUGACAUCCACAAAUGUCAAGGUCGAUUUAUCCUGCGCAGCUUAGAAGCUCUACUUAUUUUUGGAAAAGUAUAUUUAGCACGUGGGAGACAGCAAGCUUGUCCACUGCUGUCCACUAACUGCCAGUGUACACGGUCUGAACUCUGAGGUAAAUGUGAGGUGGUUUGGCUCUUGAUGGAAAAGGAGUCAUCGUCUUUGCCUUAACUGGUCACCGUGGGAUAGCAGCAUGUACAGAAAUUCACAACAGAGCAAUUCACAUGCUGUUACUUCAUACAGAGCUUAUCUCACUGUAAUUUGUCUACGUGCCAGGCUCUAAAGAAACUGUCUUAUUGAAAGUUAAUGGGAUUUUGUCUCUUAAAUCUUCAUGUCUAUAAGCACUUCAGAAAAUUUUCCCAUGGGCAGUAAUAGAGUAUUCCAGAUCUGGGGAGAUGCUGCAACUGCUGCGUUUUAUUAAAAUGUGGUGAUGCCUGAAAAAUUUGGAAGUAUCUUGACAAAAAUGGCUAUGAGACCCCUUCCUCUCAACAGCAGGAACAUCCCAAGUUCUUUCUUUUUUUCAUUUAAGUCCAGGAUUCUUCUACUCUACUCCAGGAAAACACUUGCAUAUCAUAAACCCUGUUUUGCUAGAGAUUCAUAUAGGGACAGGGCUGAAGUGAGUUCCUUUGCUUCCAGUACAUUUCUGCUGUGAUGGAGGAUGAUCUCUCAGCAUACUUUUAUGGAUUUAAUUCUACUUCUCCUGCUCUCUCUCACACACACACACAAAUAUCAUUUCUCUUCAGAGCAAUUUGUUUUGUUACAUAUUGUAAUAAUUUAUCUGUCCACUUCCUGCCAAUUGGUGCAUAGGCAAAAAUGCUUGAUAGCUCACAACAGAUUGUUUUCAGAAGUAUUAUUUUCAUCAAUCAGUUGUUUUACAGUGAAAAUUGAACCAUGUGCUCCAGUUUUGUGUGUUUUCUUUUUCUUUUUCUUUCUUUUUAAGUGGAAGAUAAUGGCAGAGCGGAAGAGCUAUCACAAUAUUUUCUAUAGAUGGACUCUCUAGGCCAUAGGGUCUUUUUCAUGUAUUCCCUCUGAAACGGUUGAAUGUGGAGUUUAGACUUGAGUUUGGCUAUUGCUCAGAACAGACCUAUAUUUGGAAGAAACGAGAGACCUGAUGGAUUUGUUUUGCCCAAGGCCUCACACUUUCCUUGGAGGCACUCCAGGCCCGCCCACACACCCUUGUCUUUUCCAGUUCCUGUAGCAAGGAGAGAAAAAGAAACCAUUUGGAGCCAGAUUCUCCCACCCUUACACACGCUGAGUAGUACCCGAUCUCUCCAGCAAUCCCAGCGACAGCACUGAGCCUAUUUAAGGUGCUGUACACACACAGUAAAAGCAGGAUUAUCAAAACCUCUGUGGGUAUACUUGCUUUUUUAUUGUCUUAAUGACAGUCAGCCGGCAUACGCGGCUAGGGUAGGCUCCAGUGAAGCUUAGCAAAGCUUCGAAAGUAAUGAAUUCGGCUACUUAAACUUUUAAGAAGCAGAAAUCUUUUCCAAAGGAGGCAAAUCUUUCCCUCCCUACUCAGGCAAAACCUACCCCAGGAUGGCCAUGUUUGACACUCCCCUCUAAGGAGAUCCAAAUUCUUUUCUGAUUCAGUGUAGUGAGAAAGCAAAAGCCGUCAGGGUUACAUCCUUAUGAGGUACACUGGUCAUGCUGCUCUUCCAAUAGUCAUUCUUUCAUUUCCUCACCGAAGCCAAGAAGUACCUUAUACUCCUGUCAGCCUAAGGCAGGCGUGAUGGGGAAGGCAGUGAUGGGGCCUCCCGAUGAAAAUAACGGCACAGAGGAAAAAGCACCAACCAGUAAAAAUAUGUCUUUUUGUUAGUUUGCAUUUCAGCAGUUUCACAUUAAUCUUGCACAAGAAGGCUCCAAAGACAAGUAAAACACAUCUUGUGACUUGAAACUGAACUGAUGAACUCCCCAUGGGUCCUUUGCUUAUCCCGAUAAACUUAUUUUUCCUAGAUGGAGUGCAUUUAGAACAAAACAGUGUAUGUUAUUAAAUCUGUAUUGUGUUGUUCUGUUAUACAUGGGAGAGUUAGUAAAUUCAGUUCGUGGCUUUCAGUUUGUUUUGUUUUUUGGCUAACCAAGU